CUUCUACAGGAUGGCCUGGGCCUGCUGUAGUCCCCAAACCCCACCACUCACCACCACAAAAAAACGAAAGAUUUACCAAUGAUUUUGUUCUCUGUAUAUUCUAUUGUAUUGUGGGAGGCUGGUGGCAGGGGCAGACGAAGGCUGGUAUGGUGUCUUUUUCGUUAUCUGACCAGGCGUAGUUGACUAAACUGAGGUGGAUAGGAAUUACGCGCGUGACGGUCUAAAACAGACUCAAGCCAAGCCACCACCUAACACUCACAGAAGGACAGGCGAUCUCUCUCUCUCGCUCUCGCUCUCUCACACACAGAGACAGAGUCCGUGGCGGAGAACCAGAGAUUGCUUCUAAAAUGGAGGAGAAACAGUCAUGCAAAACUGCCAGGAAGCCCAUUCAGUGCAAAGCUGCGGUGUGUCGGAAAGCAGGGGAGCCUCUGGUGAUAGAAGAAGUGAUAGUGGCCCCUCCAAAAGCUUUCGAAGUUCGCAUUCGUAUCAUAUGCACCUCUCUUUGUCACAGCGACAUCACCUUCUGGAAAAUGAAGGAUCCUCCUGCAUAUUUUCCGAGAAUAUUGGGUCAUGAAGCUAUCGGGGUUGUGGAGAGCAUUGGCGAUGAUGUACAUGAGUUAACAGAAGGAGACACUGUUAUCCCAAUAUUCUUACCAGAUUGUGGAGAAUGUACAGAUUGCAAAUCAAAGAAGAGCAAUAUCUGUUCAAAAUUUCCUUUCCAAGUCUCUCCUUGGAUGCAUAGAGAUGAAACGAGCCGAUUUACUGACCUUAAAGGAGAGACUUUAUACCAUUUCCUAUAUGUAUCAAGCUUCAGUGAGUAUACAGUGGUAGACAUAGCUCAUGUAACAAAGGUUGAUCCUGCUGUCCCCCCAAAUAGGGCAUGCCUCCUCAGUUGUGGAGUAUCAACUGGUGUAGGCGCUGCAUGGAGAAGUGCAAAUAUGGAAGCAGGAUCAACAGUAGCAAUUUUUGGGAUGGGGGCGAUUGGAUUAGCGGUUGCAGAGGGAGCAAGGCUAUGUGGAGCUACAAGAAUUAUUGGUGUGGAUGUAAACCCAGACAAAUUUGAUAUAGGGAAAAAAUUUGGAGUCACUGAUUUUGUGAACACUGGAAACUGUGGGAAUAAAUCUGUUAGCCAGGUGAUAAAUGAGAUGACUGAUGGGGGUGCAGACUAUUGCUUCGAAUGUGUUGGUUUGGCAUCCUUGGUGCAUGAAGCAUAUGCUUGCUGCAGAAAGGGUUGGGGCAAGACGAUUGUGUUGGGAGUGGACAAGCCAGGGGCACAGUUGACCUUCAGCUCUUUUGAAGUCCUUCAUUAUGGGAAAUCACUCAUUGGAUCCCUAUUUGGAGGUCUCAAACCUAAAUCCGAUGUCCCCAUCCUCGUUAAGCGUUACAUGGAUAAGGUAAUUCUGAAAUUAGCAAAUUCUUUUUCCUUGAAGUUAAUUUUCAAGCUUAUGAAGAGAUGCUACAUGAUUCGUGGAAAUGCUUUUUCCAUCUGUACCAAAGGUGUCAGAACAUUGUGAACUGUUAAGAAUAAUAGGGUAGUAUGUGUAAAUUGUUAAUAGCAAGAGGGUGUAUGUGUUAUUAUUAUUAUUGUAGGUUAACUAUAAAUACAAGUUA